AUGGCGAUCAGCUUCACUACAAAGCUGACAUGGAUCUUUGCGCUGCUUCUCAUCCUGGUCAUGACGAUUCAAGUCCGAGCCCAGCCUCCACCUGGGUUCAUAAACAUCGAUUGUGGAUGGAAAAACAAUAGUGGCUACGUCGACCAAGCCUUAAUACUACCGUACAGCUCUGAUGGUGAUUAUGUCGAGGGCGGCAUGAACCAUGAGAUGUUACCAGAAUUCAUGGCUGGUGCAACCAAUGAGCAGCAAAAAACCCUGAGGAGCUUCCCUGACGGCUCAAGGAAUUGCUAUACACUGCCGUCCAACAUCAGUAAGAAGUAUCUACUGAGGGCCACAUUUACUUACGGCAACUAUGAUAGGUUGAACAAAACUCUGGAUGGGUCGCUGUUUCUGUUUGGGCUCCAUAUCGGUGUCAAUUUCUGGGAGGCGGUGAACUUGUCAAAUUGGGAUCCAUCAUCCACAGUAUUGAAGGAGGUGAUCACCAUUGCUCCGAGCAACUUCGUGUCCAUCUGCCUGAUAAACUUCGGUUCAGGGACUCCCUUCAUAUCUUCGUUGGAGCUGAGGCCACUACAAGAUACGAUGUACCCUUUUGUCAAUGCCUCUGUGUCAGUCAGCUACUUCCAACGGUAUAGAUUUGGCAACAUCACCGACAUCAAAGACUACAUCACAAGAUAUCCGAUGGACCCUUAUGACCGGUUCUGGCAAAGCUGGUCUUUGACCUACGGCAAAUCCUAUUCCUACCCUUGGAUCAGCUUGAACACCAGCAAUAAAGUGGAGAGUCUUCCUGGCACCGAUGUCUUCAACGUGCCGUCAGCCAUCUUCCAGCAGGCCUCGACCCUAGACACGAACUACUCCUCCAUUCAAUUCGCAGUGGCACAGGGUCCCAAUCUACUCGGCAAUAACCAGAAGCUUCUCCCAAUUUUUCACUUCGCCGAGAUCAAUGAGAGCAAUCCAAAUAGGAGGUUCGACAUCUACGCCGGUGAAUUGCUGUUCCCAGGAUUCUCCCCGUCGCUAUUCCAGAUGGAUAGCAAGUACAUGAACGGGCAGUUCUUGCAAAACUCCUUCACAUAUUUCUCCUUGAACAAGACAGCCACCUCAAGUCUUCCACCACUCAUCAAUGCUUUCGAAGUGUACUCACUUGUUGGGAUGGAGAAUUUCACCACUGACUCCGAUGAUGUCAAAUGCAUUAAAGAAGUCAAGAAGUACUACAAUUUGGCACGAAUAAACUGGAAUGGAGAUCCAUGCUCCCCAACAGAGUAUUCCUGGGAAGGUUUGACUUGUGACCACUCUAAGAGCAACCAGAAUCCGAAUCCGAGGAUUGUCACAGUAAAUCUGUCCACCAGAGGACUGAGAGGUGGACUUGCCAUAUCAUUCAUGAACAUGACAUCACUAGAAAACUUGGAUUUAUCACACAACAAUUUGACGGGAGCUAUUCCAGACUAUCAACUAGAGUCCCUUACAGUUCUUAACUUGUCAAAUAACAAGAUAGAUGGACCAAUCCCUGAUUAUAUUCUUCGAAGAGUUCAGGCCGGCCUGCUGGACUUGAGAUUAGAAGGAAAUCCUGUAUGCUCAAACAACAGAGAUACAUACUGCUCAGAGAACAAUAAUAAGAAGAGGAACACCACACCUACCGUGCUCAUUGCAGUGAUAGUUCCUGCUGUACUGAUAUCCCUCCUAGUAGGGAUGUGCAUACUGUGGAAGUUAUACUGGAAAGGGAACUCAGGAGACAAUGAGGAUUAUGCUAUGUAUGAAGAGGAAACUCCCCUACAUAUUGACAUCAGAAGGUUCACAUACGCAGAGCUGAAGGUCAUAACAAACAACUUCCAGUCAAUCAUUGGAAAAGGAGGUUUCGGUAUUGUGUAUCAUGGCAAACUCGAAAGUGGUGAUGAAGUAGCUGUUAAGGUGCUUAUGGAGACAUCAAUAGACGAGUCAACAGACUUCCUCCCUGAGGUGCAAACCUUGUCCAAAGUUCAUCACAAGAAUCUGGUGACAAUGCAAGGAUAUUGCCAAAACAAGAAGUGCCUAGCACUCGUUUACGACUUCAUGCCCAGAGGAAAUCUUCAACAGAUUUUAAGAGGAGGAGAUAUCUAUAGUUUGGAUUGGGAACAGCGGCUUCAUAUUGCCCUUGAUGCUGCACAAGGGCUGGAGUACCUACAUGAGUCAUGCACCCCAUCAAUAGUGCACAGAGAUGUGAAGACCGCCAACAUCCUUCUGGACAAGAACCUGGUGGGGAUAAUAUCUGAUUUUGGUCUUUCUCGGGCAUUUAACGAUGCUCACACACACAUAUCUACCGUUGCUGCUGGCACUCUUGGCUACCUUGACCCUGAGUACCAUGCAACUUUCCAACUCACUGUCAAGACGGACGUUUACAGCUUCGGUAUCGUGCUCUUGGAGAUCAUCACCGGCCAACCCCCAGUAUUCAACGACCCUCACACCGUCCACCUACCAAAUUGGGUGCGCCAAAAGAUAGCUAAGGGCAGCAUUCACGAUGUCGCAGACAAGAGGCUGUUGGAUCAGUACGAUGCCAGUUCCCUGGAGAGUGUGAUAGACCUUGCCAUGAACUGCGUUGAAAACGCAGCCAUUGACAGGCCGAGCAUGACCGAGGUUAUUUCAAGGCUCAAAGUCUGGUUGCCAGCACUUUCAAGCGAUAAGCAGUCUGCUUCUGGGACCCCUCGACGUAAGUACUCCAUGGAUUCUGAAAUUCCAAAGCAGUUCCAGAUGAUGAUUUCAGGAGUAAGCAAUGAGGGGACCUCCUUCCAGUCUGGUUAUACCAGUGGGCUUACAGAAAUAAGCAUGUUUUCUGGACGGUGAAAGGGAAAAAAGCCCACCGUUUUAUUGUUGCAUCUG